AUGAGAGAAUUUACGGCAGAAAAACUUCCGAAGCAUUUUAAGUUUAUCUUCAGCAUUUUCAUUUGCGCAUGUUUUUACGUCGCGGUUUUCAGCUACCCUGGUUCAAAAAGGGAGCCAGUCUAUCAGUUACCCGAUGAGUACCGACUUCACGGACUGUACUGGAUUUGGAUGAUUGUGUGUGUUGUCCUGACAGCGGCGAUUUUGACGAAGAAUAGUUCAAUUUUUCAUGCAGCUGCAGCUUUAUUCACAGGAUCAAUGGUCUUCAUUGCGAUGUUUGGAUUUCCGGGGGAGAAAAAUCCGUUUUUCAGCGGUGACAAACUAAAGAACGCGAUGUGGCCCGUUUUUGGAAUGAUCAACUUGAUGUUCCUGUUCGGCUCUCAGACUUCCGAGGGCAGGUGCGCUCAGUAUAUUUUGCUGCCAAAUUACGGGACGAAGAUUGCAAGAUCCCUCCUUUUUAAUCAAAUUCUCCUGUUAACCCUCAAUGGCCCGUUUAGCAGUUUGCAAACAAACAUUAUGUCGACCUUCGAAACUGCAUCUUGUAUUCUCGAAGAAAAAGACGCUUACGAGACCGAAUUUCGCGAUCUUUUGAAAAAACCGAUCCGAGAAGGAUGGAACCAGAUGCUGGAAGACUUGAUCAAGUUCGAAGAACUAGAAAAAGAGAUGGAAGAGCAACUAGACGCGCAAGCUCUUGAUGUUGAGUCAAAUGUCGAGGGAGCGACCUUUAGAGAGCAAACUGUCCAGAAAUGCAAAGAAAUGAUGGUCACUGCCAAUCAGAAAUGCCACGAUUUCGUGUACUGGAGAGUUAUGAUGGGCACUUGCAACGCGGCAUCAUCUUCUGUUUUUGCCAAGAAAAAGAUGGAGGAAAUGGACGCGCAUCAUAAAGGAGGAUUGAAGACUGAUGAUGCGCUGGUGGAAGCUGAAAACCGACUUUUCCUUGCAGAAGAUGAAAUUCUUGGACAGUUCGAGGGAACUGCUUAUUUCGAAGUGAUUCCCCCGCAACUUGACGAGCUCAAUCCUAACCGUCUCAUCGGUCGAGUAAUGAAGUACAACCUCAACGCCGUCGAACUCAUCGAUGUUGUCCGCGCCUUUCUUCGGCUUCUUACAGUUGUCUAUGGAAUGUCAGCCAUCUUCGACUCUUUCAACUAUGUUCAAGACUUCAAAGAACUCUCCUUCGACAACAAAUUCAUCACGAAGCCUCUGAAGAGAAAAGAUCGAAGACGAAAAGAACUUGGAAAGCCGUACAUUUUCCCUCUCAAAAAACUGGAGAAGAAGAAGUAUUUUUCUUUCUUCAGCCCAAGAAUCGAGACAGAUGAAAAGAAAUUGAUCAUCAAGGCCGUUUUCAGAACUAUCAUUUACAUGGGGAUUGUUUACGGAGCUGUUUGGCUGACAAACAACUUGUAUAUCGUUUUAAAAUGGAUGACAACAGGAUUCGCACAGGAGAAGAUUCGAGAAAUGCACCACAAACACGAAAUAACCGUCAUUGGCGAAGGUGUUCUAGCGCAAAUCAUCCGAAAUACGAUCAGGGCUUUUGACAAGAUGGAAAUCAACAUCGUCCAGACCUUCAACACGACAAUCUGCAUGAAAGAAAUGAAGAUUCUCGACCCAGACUUCCUCGACUCGAUAAGAAUCUACCAAAUUCUCAUACUUGCCUCGAUAAUUUCGACGCCAAUAACUCUUCGAUGCCGUCACGUGAUUUGCUCGUAUUUCUUCCCGUCGAUCGCGCAUGCAAGAAUGAUCUGGCUAUACAGGAGCAUCUUUCAGAAUCGAAAAACUUAUCAUAAGCAGAUGAGAAAAAUGGCAAGAAAGCUGUAUAAAACGAACAAAAAGCUUAUUACUUUCUCGAGAGUUGCAUUCUGGACUUUUUCAGGAGUAAAAUACAAAUGCCUCAUUUGUCAUGUAAAAGGGAAACUCGUGAAUUGUGCAAUCUGCGAGUGUUUUUACUGCGAUCAAUGUUGGGCAGAAUGCGAUCAACUUUGCCCCGUCUGUAAAGGAGAAGAGUCAGAAAUUGAAGAAAAGAAGGAUGACACAAUCGAUGCUGCCCGCAUCACUUCAAAUGAUGUCGUCAACUCUGGCAAGAAAUGGAUUGUCUGCUACCAUACAAACUGGUCCCAAUACAGAAAUUCUCCUGGUAAAUUCUACCCAGAAGACAUUGAUGGCUCCCUCUGCACCCAUUUGAUCUACUCCUUCUCAAAAAUGUGCAAGGAAAGCUCCGGCUGGACCAUGUGCCCCUACGAAUGGAACGACAAAGACGAGACCUGGGCCGACGGCAUGUACACUCGAUUCAACAACAAGAAACAAGAGUACCCUCAUCUCAAGACUCUCCUCGCUGUUGGCGGCUGGAAUCAUGGAUCGACCGAUUUCACCCGAAUGUUGGACGAAGGAUGGGAUGCUGUUCGAACCUGGGCUAAGAAUUCGAUCCAGUACUGCCUCGACACUGGCUUCGAUGGACUUGAUCUCGAUUGGGAGUACCCAGCAAAGACGACUGUCGACACCAGUCCCCAGGAAGACUACGAGCGAUUCCAGCGAAUGGUCGAAAUCGUCCGAGAAGAAGUCAACAAGGUCCCCGGAUUCCUCCUUACCGCUGCUGUCGGAAUCGGCGUUGACAAGAUCUACCACGGCCCCGAGGGAGAAAACCCAAGCUACAACGUCAAGAAUCUCUCUGACAACCUCGACAUGAUCAAUCUCAUGGCAUACGACAUCCACGGCCACUGGGAAGAACUCACCGGACACCAUGCUCCAGCUCACAAUAAAAUGUCCGACUCACGACUUGAUUACACUGAUUCAGUCGAAUGGAUUGUCGAAAACUGGCUCGUUCAAGGCGCUGACCCCCAGAAACUCGCUCUUGGACUUGGCGCAUACGGCCGAUCCUUCAAACUUGAAGAUCCGAGCAACAAUGGUUACAUGGCUCCAGUCAAGUUGAACUACGCAGGCCUUGGCUCAGGCGCUCCCGGACAAUACACCGGCGAAGGCGGAUUUCUCUCCUACUACGAGAUCUGUGACAAAAUUCGCAAUCACGGAUGGCAAGUCACUUACGAUAGCGAAAUCGAAGCCCCGUAUGCCACUGGCCAAGGCGAUUGGGUCGGAUACGACGACCCCUCAUCUAUUGUCUACAAGACAAAGAUGGCAGAGCACUACCACCUCGGAGGAAUCAUGUGGUGGGCCAUCGAUCUUGACGACUUUACUGGUCAAUUCUGCGGCCAAGGUCCCUACCCACUCAUGACUGCAGCCAAGAACUACUGGCACAAUGGAUACACUACGACCACUGGUGCUCCAAUCUCUACCCAAUCGACGACUCAAGGCACUGGUUCAACCCCUAAACCAACAUCCUCUCCCGGUGGCGACUGUAUUUCCGGCAACUACUAUCCUAAUCCAGAAUUGUGUGACCACUAUUUUCUCUGCUCAAACGGCGGCAAUGUCGAUUUCACUUGUCCUCCCGGAACCUACUGGGAUACCGACAAGCUUCUUUGUGAUUUCGCCCAUUCUGUUGAUUGCUGCAACGGAAACCGCCCAUGCAAUCAAUAA